UCCUGCAUUUGUUUUUAUUUGAAACUACAGCGGUAUUAUCACCAAAUGCACCAAGUAUAAAAGCAAAGUACAGUAACAGUAAAUGUACUUCAUUACAUUCUACCACAGGCAGAGUGAACAUCUGUAGAUGUAACAUUAGUCUGGUGUUUUGUCCUUUGUCUUGUGAACACUGUUUGCAAUUUGCAGCAGCAGCAGCAGGUCAGCAGCCAAUCAGCUCCACGCAACCUCACACACAGUUCUCUGGGCAUAAUGCCUAUUUUCAAUCUUACAAGUUAAUGCUUAACAAACAAAUAGAAUCUGUCAUAGUUUGGCUGCCAACUUUAUUCACUUUUGAGAUUAGUCUUUCACAAUUGCUAAAACACAUUUCUUGAAACCUUCUAUGCUUUUCUCAUCUGUAAACAGAAAACCCAGCUUUCCACCUACAUUCACCAACUUGUCUUGCAAUAUCAAACAAUCAUCUCAAAACAGUUUAAUUUGUGCUCAGAAUCAAACUGUUUUUAGAUCAUACACAAAGCCAAUCAAACACUACUGAGCAUUUAUGACACGCAUGUAGCUCUAGAAAUGUUUACUCUUUAUAAUCAAGGCAUUUUAUGUUUUCAUCCAAAAAAUAUUUACAGCUCAGUAACAGUUGAAGUACUGCAAGCAAUAAAGCGUUGAAUGUCUGGAUUCAGCACUUACAAACAGUAAAACGUCAGAAGGGCAAACGGAAAAAAGGACAAAGGUAAAUGAAAAGCACAAUUCCACAUAAAGACACUUACAAAAAUACGCAUGCAGUAAAAAAUGGAUGGUGAUGGACUUUCCUCCUUCUUUACAGCAUGUACAGUAAACUUUCAAAAUAAGAGUUUACAACCAUGACCCACUAGUCCUGGUUCUCUUUUGAACCUUGUCUCUGUAGCGAGCUGUCAGCUGUUAACUGUUAGCUCCUGACCUCGUGCUGUCUACAUGAUCACAUGACUACACCUGGAAUCAGGCCACUUCUGUAAUAUUACUAUCACAUGACAGCUUCACCACACGACGAGCAGUGGCCUCUCACUGAAAUAUACUUCUACAGACACUGAUUGGCUGUGAGCGAUCCUCGAGGCAGCACCCCGCGCUCUGAUUGGCCAGCAGCCUUUCAGUAAAAACAACGCUUCCUGGUUCUCUGCAAUUGGAGAAAUAGACUUGUUUUUUAAACGUGUGCCACGGGUGGGAAAAGCCUGGCUCUGCCGAAGCGGGGAUCAGCAUGUCACCCGGAAGCGGCCGCGGCCUGGUGCUGGGCGUCGUGCUCUGUCUCUUCGUGACCGCACACUGUAAGUUUCCCGCUCUGGACCACAUCAAACCCAAAGCCAGCGACAAGGCGCAGGGCAGAGCGGUGGUGGAGCUGCUCAAACGCCUGCUCGGGAACAGAUCCACGGAGUUCAUCGUGUCAGUCAACAGGAGCCUCUCCAACGACAGCUUGGAUGUGUGCGAGCUCAGGUCCACGAAGAACAACAAGAUCGUGGCCACGGGCAGCAGCGGGGUGGCCCUGGCUUCUGGCAUCUACAACUAUAUGAAAUAUUUCUGCAACUGCCAUGUUUCCUGGUCUGGUGAUCAGCUGGAUCUGCCCCGUCCUCUGCCAAAGCUCACCGGCGUCCUGCGCAUCAACACCCCGCACAGAUUCCGGUAUUACCAGAACGUCUGCACGUUUAGCUACUCCUCUGUGUGGUGGGACUGGCCGAGAUGGGAGAGAGAGAUCGACUGGAUGGCGCUCAACGGGAUCAACCUGCCCCUGGCUUUCACCGGCCAGGAAGCCCUGUGGCAAGAGGUUUACCGCGCCCUCGGGUUGAACCAGUCGGAGAUCGAGGAGUUCUUCUCCGGCCCGGCGUUUCUGGCUUGGAACCGCAUGGGGAACAUGUUCAAGUUUGGCGGGCCCCUGCCGCAGUCCUGGCACGUGACCCAGCUCUACCUCCAAUUUAAAAUCUUGGAGCGAAUGAGGGCGUUCGGUAUGAUUCCUGUGCUGCCGGCCUUCUCCGGGAACAUUCCCAAAGGAAUCCUCAGGUUGUAUCCUGCAGCGAAUGUGACCAGACUGGGGCCUUGGGCUCAGUUCAACUGCAGCUUCUCGUGCUCCUACAUCUUAGACCCUCGGGAUCCACUCUUCCUCCAGAUUGGCUCCCUCUAUCUGUCCCAGGUGGUGAAGCAGUUCGGGACAGAUCACAUCUACAACACUGACACCUUCAAUGAGAUGACCCCUCCUUCCUCUGACCCCGCCUACCUGUCUGCUGUCAGCCGCUCUGUCUUUGCCUCAAUGACUGCAGUUGAUCCUCAGGCAAUUUGGCUGAUGCAGGGCUGGCUGUUCUUCAGCGAUGCAGCGUUCUGGAAACCAAACCAGAUCCAGGCCCUACUACACGGGGUGCCCCUUGGACGAAUGAUCGUGCUGGACCUGUUUGCAGAGACCGAGCCAAUCUUCUCCUACACCGAGUCUUUCUAUGGACAGCCGUUCAUCUGGUGCAUGCUGAACAACUUUGGUGGGAACAGUGGUUUCUUUGGCACAGUGGAGAGCAUCAACUCUGGGCCCUUCAAAGCCUUGAAUUUCCCAAACUCCACCAUGGUGGGCAUAGGCAUGACACCCGAGGGCAUUGAGCAAAACCCCGUGAUGUACGAGCUGAUGAGCGAGCUGGCUUGGCGCAAAGAGCCGGUCAACUUGUCCAAGUGGGCGUCACUGUACGCCAUACGCCGUUACGGCAGCACGCAAGAGAACCUCACGGCUGCGUGGGUGCUCCUGUUCGCCAGCGUCUAUAACUGCACCGUGCCACAUUACCGAAACCACAACCACAGCCCGCUGGUGCGCAGGCCUUCCUUCCACAUGAAUGGCGGCCGUUGGUAUGACCCGGCUGACUUGUAUAAAGCCUGGAAGCUGAUUAUAGAGGCGGCUCCGUCCCUCAUGUCCAAGGAGACCUUCCGGUACGACCUUGUGGAUGUGACUCGGCAGGUCCUGCAAGUCCUAACGACAUCUUUCUACCAGGAUAUCGCAGACGCCUUCCAGCAGCAGAAACUGCCGGAGCUGCUGGUUGCAGGCGGCGUGCUGGUCUAUGACAUCCUGCCUGAGCUCAACCGUUUGCUGAAUAGCGACCGCAACUUCCUGUUGGGGACAUGGCUGGAGCGGGCGAGAUCCUUAGGCCUGGAUGAGAAAGAGGCGCAGCUCUAUGACAUGAAUGCCAGAAACCAGCUCACAUUGUGGGGCCCCAGUGGUGAGAUCCUGGACUACGCCAGUAAAGAGUGGGGGGGCCUCAUGGAGGACUACUACGCCCAGCGCUGGGGGCUGUUUGUCGACAUGCUAGUGGAGUGUCUGAACAGCGGACGACCGUUCAAGCAGGACGCCUUCAACCAGGCGGCUUUUCAGGUAGAAAAGGGAUUCGUUUACAACGGCAGGAAGUACCCGACCAAGCCUCAGGGAGACACCUAUGAGAUCGCCCACAGGAUCUUCCUCAAGUACUACCCACAGGCCUUAAAGAGACUAUAGUGAGUGGAGACAACACUGUGGGGAAAAACUUGUCUCAAGUCACAGCAAGAAGAAUGUCUUCCUCCACCUCCGGUUUUUGCGUGGCGAUCCCAAAACGUUUUGAUGUAGGAAAUCUAACUGCCUGAAUCUACAGGAACGUCCAGGAACUGUUUUGCAUGAAUCGUUAUGAAAGAGAAGAGAAAACGAAGAUGCGGUAAUGACUGUGUGUAGGUGUUGAUUUGCGGUUGUGUGUCUGUUGAUUUUUUUUUAAUUCCACUAAUCUUAAAGAAAUAUUUCAGCAUUUUUUUUUUUUUUUGAAUGAUGUGUAUUUACUUUUACAGACUGACAUGUUUAGAUGGAGUCAUGAUGUGGUUAGCCUAGCUUAGCAUACAGACUGGAAGCGAAGGGAAACAGCUAGCCUGACUGUCCAAAGUUAAAACGAGACGAAAGCUGUGUGUAUUGUGUGUUUAACCUGUAUACAGAAAUGUUGAAAUGUCAGUUUGUGGUUUCAGAUGCUGGAACAGUUGAAUAAUAGUUCAUCCAUCUGCCGAGUGCGUCGGUACGUCUCCGGCUAUGGCACAGAAUACCAGAUACAACCAGUGAGCACAGGUGUGGCUUUUGGUGUCUCCACAGGCAUAAUGCUACCAAACCUGGCAACCUCACUGACUUCAGGAAGCUGCACACAGUCACUGUGCUUGGCUGUUGUUCACAAAAAAGAUAGUUUGAGUGUCAAACUCCCCCCUGAAACCACAAGAAAUUGAGAAUUUUUACAUUUCAGUUCAUCCAUCCAUCCAUCAGCCUGGAUGCCUGCUUAUCCUAGAGCAGCCCCUCCCAACCUUUUCCAACCCACAGCCCACUUGAAUUCUCAAAAAUGUUGGAGCCCCACAUCCGACCCCAAACCAUACUUGUCGGUUUACCAUCUGUCUCUUAAUUCUUCCUGCUGCUAACCAGCUAUCCAUUUUGACUCUCCAAAUUCUUCCAUGGAUUUCACCUUUUAGCGCAAAACCAGACUGAGAGCAAACAAGUAUGUGAUCUGAUCUGGCAGCAACAACAUAAAAGUUUCUAUCAUUGCCUUAUUACAGUGAUCGGCCUUAAUAAUCAUGUUUUUUUUAUAAAAGUACAUCUUUUCACCAAAACUGUACUGUUUUACAAAUGAUUGUGGUCCACCACAGGUUGGGAACCACUGUCCUAGAGUGUUUCGGGGGGGGGGGGGGGGGCUCUGCGAUCCUCAAGGAUAAGCAGGUAUACAGCCAAUCCCAGACGACCCUGGGCAACAGGUUGCACACAGGGAUGACACAUAGAGACAACCAUUCAUGUACACGUCCAAUUUAGGGUCACCUGCACCAGCCAAUGGGCUCCAGCCCCUCGCCCCAUGAUCCCAUUGUCAUUUCAGCCCGUCCAUCAGUGAGCUUUGGAUGGAGUCAUGCUAGUUUUCUUUUUUUUUUUUUUUUUUACUUCUGCUUGUUUUCUUCAUGCUAAGCUAGGCUAGCCAUGUCCUGACUCCAGCUGCUAACACACAGACAUGGAACUGAUUAUAUUAUAUUAUAUUAUAUUAUAUUAAGCACAUUUCCUAAAAUGUUGAACUGUUCCUUUACAUCACAGGUACUUCACUGACUGUGGGCAGACGGGCAUUGAGAUGUUUGACCUCCUGGGAACAUUUAGUCAAUAUAAAACACACACUGUCAGUAUGAAGUCAACUUGAAUCUUGUGCCUUAUUCUGCGCAGUGACACAGACAUUAAGCAGCAUCACAACAUGUAGAGGCUUGUAACAGCUACCAAACUUUCUUUUUUUUGAUCUUGCGUAACAAUUUUCUACUUCAUUUACAAUUUCAUUGCUCCUGUGGUCAGUGAGCUGGGGCCAUUACACACUCUGUUUCUGUUCUGGGUUUGUUUCAUGCUGAGAAAUAACUCUGACAAAGUGGCUCAUGAUGCACCUUAGCAGAUAACGUCAUGUCUUCAGUCCCUAGAUGACUUUUCCUGUUAAAGAUAUAUUUUUAUAUGAAUUCAUGGGUGAGGCGCAUCACAUGUAUCAGUCACUUCCUGAGUCACUUUGGUUUUGCGUAGAUUAGAUUUAUUUUCUUUUUGAUAAAUGUAGUUUUAGUUUAGGAUGAUGUUAAUAUUUCGGGAGAUUAGUGAUGAUUUUUGGUAUUUUAUCUGUCACUAUGGGAACAGCUGAUAUUCACGUUAUACCAGAAAACAUUCCAUGUUGCACAAUAUUAGUUUCUGUGUUGUAUAAAUGCUAUUUUUGUAUUUUGAUUUUGAUUCUUCUACUCAGGCAUGUCAUAUAAGUCUACAGGCUGUGUGACUAAUACAUUGAUUUCAUUCUGCA